AUGAGUUAUACUGAACGAAGAUACCACAAAGAUAAAUUAAAAUCAAAUACCACUCUCAACGUUGGAGAAUUGACUGCUUCUAGAAUUGAAGAAAUAAAGAAGUUUACUGAUCAAUUAAAUGUUUAUUCAGGUAACCGAACAGUACAUCAAGCAGUUCCAAGACACCUUAGAAGAAGACAAGCUUCACAUUUUUGUCAUGUACUUCCUCACAGGUUUAUUGCCAAUGCAUUAAGAGAGAAAAAAAAGAAUGAAAAAGAAAUGAAAGACAAUAAAACUUUAGCACAGAAGAUGCAAAAAAAGAUUAGAAGGUCAAGAAGGUCAUUAAGAAGAAACUUCAAAGAAUAUUCAUGGGGAAAAAGUCAAUAUUUGAUGACACAUACUUGGCAUGCUAAAAGGUGUCAUAUGAAAGAAAUGUGGGGUGUUAAAAUUGCUGAUGAAAGAAAUGACAAAGGACUAAGAGUAUUAUUAAACGCAGCUGAGAAAAGAAGUGUUGUUUAUGACCAAAGUUAUUAUGUUGAGUAUGAAUUAGAAAAUAAUCAAUACAAUAGAGAAAUAUGUAUGAAGGUAUUACAAUUAAAUGAAAUUAUUAAUAAAAAUGAAUGGAGAAUGUGGAUUGCAAAUACUACAAAAUUUGGACCAAUUAAAUUACUUUUAAAUGAAAAACGAAUUGUCAUUUUUGUGCAUCCAGUUAGUAAAACAGAUAUUGUGGAAGCAUUUGAUAAAGAAAAAAUUCAGUUAAAAUUAAUGCAAAGGUUAGGAGUAUUUGAAAUAAUUGGAGGUAAUUCUCAUCGUUCAUUACUAAAUUCUUUUGACUUUGUUGAAGAAGAUAAAGGAGUAGAAGUUUUGAGAAGAAUAUGUGAACUUCCUCCAGAAAAUACGCCAAAUGCGUCUAUAAUUCCACUAAAAAUUAAGAUUGCUGACAUCAAUAAUCCUAUAUCACAGUUUUAUAGUAAACAUGAUAAACAAAAAGAACCAAUAACAAAAUUAACUAGUCAUAAGGAUUUAUUUAAUGUAAUUUCAACAGAACUAGUUUCACAAACACUAGAACAAAUAAUUAAUUUAAGUGAUGUUUCAUCAUUUAAUAAUUAUUUAGAAGCAAGAAAAGCUAUUUCAGAGCAAAAAGAAAUUCCUUUGUUAUUAAUGGCAAAUAAAGUUAAUGCAUCAGAUGGUAGUCAUUUUUCUUCUGGUUAUUUUCUUAUUGUCCCUAGUUUAUUUGCAUUAACUUGUUGGAGAAGAAUAGUAUGGCAUUGUGUAUUACCAUUAGCAUUAAAGGAAAGAAAAUACUUAACAUAUGAAGCAGGGUUAAUGACAUAUCCUGAUGAUUAUGUUGACAAUGAAUAUUCACAACAAAUGAGUGAAGAGCAAAAAGGUAUUUUAAUAAAACAAGCUAAUUUGAAACCUAAAUCAAAAAAAAUGAAUAUUCAGACAUUUUCUGUUCAAAAUCAAAUACCAUGGGAAAUGAAUUGGAAAGGAUUUAAAGUUAUUCGUAGAAAAGAAUUUAUUCAAAAUGAACAUCAACUUCAUAUAAUUCAAGAUAGUCAAAACAAAAUUAUUAGAUUUGAAUUAAUAUCUGUUAAUGGACGUCCUGAACGAUUUGCUUAUAUCCAUAUACCAGAACAACAAUUACUUGAACAAUUUAAAACAAGUUGUUGUAUUAAAAUAGAACAAUUAGAUGAAAAUGUUGUUGGUAGAAUUAUCAAAGGAGGUUAUUCAUUAAAAAGAGGAUCGGGUUAUGGAAUUGGAUUUAUUUAUUUGAAUAAAUACAAUGAAAUUAUUAAAGAACAUAAAGACAAUGGAAAUAUUCUUGUUUAUUAUAGAAAUGCAUUCUCAAAACAUAUUCAUCUUGGAAUUCUUUCACUUCUUCCAUAA